AUGUCCCUCCUACAGACCUGCAGUGACCCAAUGGGAGCAAGUAACAUCAGCUUGUUGAGUGAUUUCUUCCUGGAGGGCCUCACCGAUGAUCCUAAUCUUCAGCCCAUCCUUUUUGUCCUCUUCCUCUUCAUCUAUGCAGUUACAAUGAUGGGAAAUCUGGGCCUCCUUGUCCUCAUUGUGGUCAGCCCUCGACUCCACACUCCCAUGUAUUUCUUUCUCAGCAGUCUAUCUUUUCUUGACUUUUGUUAUUCCUCAGUUACAGUCCCAAAGAUGUUGAUGGGAUUCUUCUCUGGCUAUCAAGCCAUCUCUUUCUCUGGUUGCAUGGCUCAGACAAGCUGCUUUGUACUGUUUGCUGCCACUGAGUUCUUCCUCUUAGCUUCCAUGGCCUAUGACCGCUAUGUGGCUAUCUGCAAUCCAUUGCUUUACCAUAUAAUCAUGUCCCCAAGGCUCUGCAUACAGCUAGUGGCUGCCAGUUAUACAGUGGGCCUGAUAAACAUGGUGGUCAUCAGUACUGCGAUCCUUCAUUUGUCUUUCUGCCACUCCCAUGUCAUCACUCAUUACUUCUGUGAUAUCCCCCCACUUUUAAAACUCUCCUGCUCUGACACACGGGUCCUUCAGUUUAUUCUCUUUAUCUGUAGUAGUUUUAAUGUAGCUGUAUCCUUGACAAUUGUCCUUGUCUCCUAUAUAUGUGUCUUCUUUGCUAUAAUCAGAAUCCCCUCGACCCAGGGAAAACACAAGACAUUCUCUACUUGUGCUUCCCACUUGACGGCUGUCAGUCUGUUCUAUGGAACCACAGUGUUCGUUUACCUUCGCCCAUCUUCCAAGUACUCACUAGCUAGGGAUAGGCUGAUUUCUGUGUUCUACACAGUGGUUAUCCCCAUGCUCAAUCCCUUGAUCUACAGUCUGAGGAACAAAGAUGUAAAGGAAACAUUUUGGAAUGCCUUCGAGAAAGCUUCACGAUUCCUCUUUCCUUCCAUGCCCAGAGUUCCAUGA